GAGACCCCGGAACCAAAUCCCACAGGAGGGGGAGGGGAGAGGAGGACUAUCACUGACUGCACCACAGAGAGGAAACCAUAGAGUGGAGGAAAGUUUACUGAGAAGAAAACAACAGAAGCGUUCUUCAUUCCUACGUCCAGAAAAGCCGCCAUGGACGCCAACGCACCGUCCUGCGACUUGUACGUGUCGGCCAUGCUGCUCAGCGCCGCCGGGGACGCUCUGGGCUACAGGAACCAGCUGUGGGAAUUUUGCAAAAACGGAGCCCAAAUUCACAGGGAGCUGAGAGAUCUGGGGGGGCUGCCGAAAAUAACCGCGUCUUUACCGGACUGGCCGGUCAGCGAUGACACCGUGCUCCACUUGGCAACCGCCGAGAGCCUGGCCACAGGGAAGCUGGGUGAGGACUUGUACCAUGAGCUCGCUAAGAGAUACGUGUCUGCCAUGUCCGAUAUGGAGGGGAGGAAGCCUGGACCUACCAGUAUUCUGGGGACCUCUCAGUUGCGUCCCGGAGAACCUGGAGGAUACCGCAUCCCAUUUAACCCUUCCGCGACCGGAUGUGGAGCAGCGAUGAGAGCCAUGUGUAUAGGACUCAGAUUUCCCCGACCGUCGGAGCUGCCUCUCCUGGUUGCGAUCAGUGUGGAGAGCGGAAAAAUGACUCACAACCACCCCACAGGGUACCUUGGAUCUCUGGCAUCGGCCCUCUUUACAGCUCUGGCGGUACAGAGGGUCCCCCUGGAAUUAUGGGGGUUGCGUUUGUUGGAGUCUCUUCCUGUGGCUCUGGAGUAUAUCCGCUCCACAGGGAAGGAUGCGGAGUGCCACGUGGAAGUGUGGGAUUACUUCCAAGAAAGCUGGGAGAGGUACCUAUCAGAGAGAGGUCUAUCUCAGGGUACCGGACCAGCUGUGUUCCCACCUCUGUACGGUCCUGAAGAGAGGGACAAGGAGUACACUCGCUGGUGUUUGGAUGACUGGGCGGGGAGGAGUGGCCAUGAUGCUCCAAUGAUCGCAUACGAUGCUCUGUUGGGGGCAGGGGACUCGUGGGAGGAGCUAUGUAGUCGCUCUAUGUUCCAUGGAGGUGACAGUGACUCCACGGGCGUGAUUGCCGGCUGUUGCUGGGGGGCUCUGUAUGGACUCUCCGGGGUACCGAAGGGGAAUUACAGCGAGUUGGAAUACAGAGAACGACUGGAAGGCGCAGCUAGAUCGCUGCACAAGCUGGCCUGGCCUGGACACUGAGCGUGGAGGAGCCACUCAUCUCUCAAGUUGGCCUAUCGAUGCCGAUCCUGAGAGAGGCCUGACCUCACGAUGGCCCAGAUCAAUGUCAAUCCAAUCAAACACCAAUUUAUAGACUGAUCGGUUAUUAAAUCCUCACCCCGGGGUCACCAGUCAUGCAACAAUAGAUAUAAUAAAUGAAACAAAAGGCAGCAAUUUUUUAUAUAUUAACUCAAGAGACUGAAAAAUCUGCUGGAGGUUCCAUUGGGCCGUUUGCUGUAUGCAGCCUGUCUACUUUAAAGAGAACCUGUUUUGCAGUGCAUUGGUUUGUUCGGGUUUGCUCUACAUUUCUAGGCAUAACUGUACAGAUCUCAAUGGUCAAGGGGCCAGAUUCUCCAAUAUUCUGCGGCGGCCUCGCGUAAGCCAUUUA